CCUUAGUUGAAAAUUCAAAAUGGCGGCUUCAGGUCGUAAGUUUGGUUUGGAUGGUUCUACUGUACGCGCCAAGGCCGAGGUUGACAUGGUUCUAGAUGAAGCAGCUGAUGUCAGAAAUCCGAUGGUUGCUCUCUGUUACAGGUCGGACUUUUCUCCAGCUUUGAUGAAGGAUUGGGUUGAAGGAUCAGGAGAGGGAAUGAAAAGUGUAGAGGACAGGUUUCUGCCUCUUCAAUGCAAACUUGGAUCCAAUGACUGGUUUGUGAACAAUGAAUUGACAAUUGCGGAUUUCAUGAUUUGGGAAAUACUUGACACAUACAGUCUCCUGUUUCCUGGCUGUUUAACCAAGUUGACUGGCCUAACUAGCUUCCAUUCUCGGUUUACUCAGCUGAAGGGGGUCAAGGAGUACCUGGGGUCAGACAGGUACAAGGCAUACCCUAUAUGGAGUGAACGAGCCAAGCAUGGAUUUGUUGAACCUAAAUAAAAAAAUCAUGCAUCAUGCAUCAAGCAUCAAGUAUUGUGCAUCAAGCAUCAAGCAUCAAGCAUCAUGCAUCAUGCAUCAAGCAUCAUGCAUCAAGCAAGACACUCAGCAUGAUGUCAACCUUGCAUUGAAAAAUAAAUCUAAAGCUACA